UUUUCAUUGGCAAACAGGCAAGCCGAAGCGCGAAUAUAAUAGUCAAAAACAAGGGAGGAAGUAUAUUGAACUACAUUCUUUAGAAGAAUAUUGUUAUAAGUUUUCUGUGAUCAAAUGCACCACUGAGAUUUCAUUUCAAUAUUUGAAUUGAAAACAUUUUAAAGAUGAACUUUAUGCACAAUUUCGAUACCAGUUGAUUCAAAUCGAUGUAAACGGAUUAAAGAAGAUAUUUUACCGAUACCAGGUAAACGUAAUGAGUUAAUGCUUCUCUGACACAGCUGUUUAAAGCUUACACUGGUGUGAAUGAACGAAAAUAAAAUGGAUCGUUGUUUUACCAUAAGCGUUCUACCAAAAGAGGCUAUGAUGGACACAGAGUUUGAUAUUGUUGAUGAUGAUGAUGAUGAUGAUGAUGCUGAUGAUGAUGAUGUUGAUAACGAUCAUGAUGACGAUAACGAUCAUGAUGAUGAUAAUAAUAAUACUGACCAUUGUGAUAACGAAACAUCAAUUGACACUGUCACUGAUAAAAGUUCAGAAAGUGAAAUAAAGAAUACAUUCGUCGGGCUUGCUUCUAAGAAAUCAAAAAGAAAGAAAGAAAUCAAGGACUCAGACGAUAAAAAAAGGACAAAAAGCGGAACGGAUAAGAAAGCUGUUUAUUGUAGACUGAUGGCUUGGCUGAAACAAGGUUUUUCAAAUAGAAGACUAUGGCUAAAUGUUUUAGUUUGCUUUAUCAUAAAUUUUUGCAUUCAAACGAUUGAAUCAUUCGUUGACAUGGCAAUACAAGACCAAAGUUUGUUGAAUACAUUAGCCAUGGACGCAACAGAAGCACAACAUGUCAAUAACUAUUUCAAGAGCAUGAUAGAUUUUUUCGCUCCAGUUGGAGUGCUUUUGAUGACAAGAUUUGGUCACAGGGUGAAUGGUAUUGUCGGCUCACUUAUUGUGUGUGUUUCAUUUACAAGCAUGUCUUUCUUAGAUAGUACACUACAGCGGGAUUUUGUCUGGUACUGGAAGAUUUGUAUAUGUGGACCAAUAGGGUUAGGAAUAGGUCUACUGAAAAUCGGUGCAUUGGUUCCUGUACUUGAGUUAUUCACUAAAAAGAGAAUGGAAGCACUCCUGUUGACGAAACUUGGUUUUGUAUUAGGCUCUUUCAUUGACAUUGGUGUAAAGUUUGAUGGAAAUCAGGACUGGAAAACAUUAUACAGAAUCAAUGCUGGUUUAUGUAUAUUACCUGUAGUGUUUAUUUACAUAAUGCAGGAUAUAUCCAUUCAAGAAAGCAAGGAAAAUACCGAAGCUGAAGAAAAUUCAAAAACUGACUGUAAUAUACCAUGCCCAAAUAAAGUUUUAAACAAAUUUCCAGUGUUAAAAAAGAAAAUGCUUUGGACAGUAUUUGGAGUUUUUUCUAGUUUUAGAUUCGGAACUGCACUUCCAAGAUUUUCUAAGUCGAAAAUCCCCAAUGAAAUUAAGGGACAUAUACAAUCUACCACAGAUUCUUUCGUUGACGAUCUCACAGUUAUUAUAGGAACUUUAGCAGGAAUGAUAUUAUCCUUAUUGUUUAAGAAAUGCAGUUGUCUCGGAAGUUAUAGGAAAAGAGGUUUGGUUUUUGCCUUCGCAAUUGUUUCCUUUGCAAGUCCAGUCCUCGGAGUUUCCUCUGCAGUAACAUUCGAGAAAGUUGGCUAUUACGUCUAUUUCACUCUGGUUCUUAUUACUUUAAAAGUUUUAGCUGAAAACAUAAGGACUGAGUCAAUGCCUGAUGUGCUUGGACGUUCAAAUAUUCGGAUCACAGAGGGACUUGUACAUAUGUUCAAUGGAUUAGGAGGAAUAUUAGCGGCAACUGUAGAGCAUUGGUUACCUACUGCAGACGGAGAACAAGACUGGAAAUUCAGCUUUAAGAUAGGUGGAGGUAGCCUCCUUGCAACUGGUCUAGUGUCGCAAGCAUACGUUAUUUCUGGAAUUACAAAUGCCCCGCAAGAUCCACAUGAAAAAAAAAAUCUAAAUAAACCCAUAAAAAUCGCCGAGGAAGAAACGUUUGAUGCAACUUUUAAAAACAAUAAAUUAAAUGAUAGUACUGUCUUUACAGAAGCACCCUUUACAGAAGCACCUGACGACAAAGGUACAUCAAAUGAUAAAAAUGAUCCAGAUCCGCCAACGCCGAUCGUACCGAUGCAAAAAGUACCGAUGCCAAAGAGGAGCAUAUCUCGUCCUCAUACAGAAAAUCCACCACAAUCCAAUCCACCACAAUCUACUCCACUACCUCCAUUGGACCCUCCUGACAAAGAUUUUCCCAUAGAUUGCCCACGAUAUGCCACGGCUCUUCUGCCGCCUUAUAAGCGAGUAUUUCCGAAAAAGAACAGUGAACGGUUUCAAUAAAAAGCGCAUUAAUUGGGGGAAAAAGACGCGAAAAAUGUACAAAUUUAUAUUUUUAUCAUUAGCAAUUACAAAGUAUAUUAUUGUUGAAAAAAUAUCCUACAUGUACUAUAUAUGAUAAGUAUUUACAUUUUCAAAAGACAA